AAAACAAGACUAUAGUCUUUCCCCUUCCUCGCAGCUCCGACGCUCCAAAUCUCCUUCCCCAACUCGCGCCCAGCGGCGCUCCGGCCCUCAGCGACGGAGGGGCAGUCCCUGGCUCGGCGGCGGCGUCAGCGGCUCCCCCUCCCGCCUCUCGCCAGUCGCGGCUCUCGCCUCCGCCCUCCGCGCACCGGCCGGCGAACCUGCGUACGCACCUCCCUUUCCCCUCCCGCCUCUCGCCAGUCGCGGCGCUCGCCUCCGUCCUCCGCGCACCGGCCGGCGACCCUGGCGCUGCAAGCAGAAAUGGACAUUAAACGUCUUGAGGCAGAUAAACUGGAUUGCAGGCUCUAUGUAGGGAACCUGGACUUCAGGAUAUCAGAGUCCGAAAUAAUCAAGAUGUUUUCCCCCUUUGGAAAGAUUACAGCUGAGGAUUUCCUGUGGCACACACGUGGUCCAAAGAGAGGCGAGCCCCGGGGCUACGCCUUUGUUCAAUACACCACUAAAGAGGAAGCUCAGUUAGCAAAGGAGAAGAUGAAUGGAAAGUUAGUCUGCGGACGCCCAAUGGUAGUUCACCUUGCUAGUGAGAAAAGUUCUCUAGACUCUUCAAGUUCACAUAGAGCAGUCAAAGACAAAAAGCUGACGGGUGGUUCAGGAGGCAAAUCACAAUAUACUGAUCGAGCUGCAAAGAUAGCUGCUAUAAAAAACAAGUUGAAAUCUCUGGAGGAAGGGGGAUGUAGCACAAAAAAACCAAGACUUAAUCCAGACAACUUGACAGGAAUCAGGGAACAGUCUCAUAAGAAGUUUUGAAGCGAGGAUUCUUUCAUUCUUCGGAACGUUGAGUGCUUGUGCCCUCUCAUACUGGUGACACUUCUAAAGCUGCUGCUAUUCUAUAAUUCUAGCUUCAGUUAGUUAGUCAAGUCACAAAUGUAGCGUUUCCACAGUGCCUCAAAUAUGUACAAUAGUUUGUACCAAUCAUCUUUUUUUCCUGAAUGAAUCGUCCUUUUGAUGGGGGAAUCAUUGUGACUACAUACUGUCUUGUUAUUGACAACAUAUUAUCAGUGUGCUGCUGUGGAAGAUAUGUUUCCUCAACUUAA